GCCUCAUUUUUUCGUACGAUGGCAUUGCUCUUUUUCUUACGAUGGCUCCAUGGAAGGAUGAGGUGAUAUGGGUUCCCUCUUCCCUCCACGCUCGCUGCCUUCCACCGUUCGUCCUCUCCCGGCCGCUCGUCGCCGACCCCCGGAGCACCGCCACGCGCCGCUCGCCGUCCCUUCCUCCUCGUCUCAUCACGUCCGCCUCCCUCCUCCCUCUUCUUCGCGCGGUGAGCUCCGUCUCUCCCAAACUGACCUCGCCCGGGCGUGCACGCCGGCGUCGAGGCGUGCCGUGCUCCGUCCAAGAACCGCCCCGCCGGAUGCCGACGCCGCGGCGGCUCUCAUGGUCGCCCGCGCGGAGGCCGGCGACUUCGCGCGGGCUCAGUCCAUCUGGGCGCAGCUCCUGCUCAGCUCCGCCGCGCCGUGCCUGACUGCCGCGGCGCCCCGCCUCCUCCCGGCGUACACGCGCGUCGGCCGCUACGACGAGGUCCUCCUCGCCGCGCGGGAGCUCUCCGCGCGCGACCCCGCCGCGGCGCGGGACCUCUACCCGCUCGCCGUCUCCUGCCUCGGCGCCGCCGGCGAGCUCGCCCUCAUGGAGGACGCUGUGCAGGAGAUGUCCCGCGUCGACUCCGCCACCGGCAACGCCUUCGUGCGGCACUACGCGGCCUCCGGCACCGUCCCGGAGAUGGAGGCGGCGGUCGGCCGGCUCAAGAAGUCCGGCCUCCUCAUCUCCGUUGACGCCAUCCGCGCCGUCGCUUCAGCGUACAUCGCCCACCGGAAGUACUACAAGCUCGGCGAGUUUGUCAGGGGCGUCGGCCUCGGCCGCCGGGACGCCGGCAACCUGCUCUGGAACCUCUACCUCCUCUCCUUCGCGGCCAACUUCAAGAUGAAGUCGCUGCAGCGCGCCUUCCUGGAGAUGAGCGCCGCCGGGUACCGGCCGGACCUCACCACCUUCAACAUCCGCGCCGCCGCCUUCUCCAAGAUGUGCAUGUUCUGGGACCUCCAUCUCACCGCCGAGCACAUGCGCCGCGACGGCGUCGCGCCGGACCUUGUCACGCACGGCUGCUUCGUGGACGCCUACAUGGAGCGCCGGCUCGCGCGCAACAUCUCCUUCGCGUUCCGCCGGCUGGACGGCGCCGCCGAGCCCGUCGUGGCCACGGACGGCGUCGUGUUCGAGGCCUUCGGUAAGGGCGGCUUCCACGCCACCUCCGAGGCGCUGCUAGAGGCGGCCGGCGGGCAGCGGCGAUGGACGUACUACGACUUGCUCGGCGUCUACCUGAGGAAGCAGCACAGGAGAAACCAAAUCUUUUGGAACUACUGAUCUUCAUCAGUGCAGCACUAUUACACUAGUGCAACAAGGUAGUAGUACAUGGAUCGAGAUCCAGUGACAUACUGUGAGCAUGUCACCAAUUAACAAUAAUGGGAACAUGCCCCCCUCUCUGGACCGCCCGAACGAGUCUUUGUAAAGAUGCUACGAUGUACAGUGAUGAUGUUAUGCUUAGAAACAAAAUCAUAGAUGUAAUGGAACUAUGGAAGAGUCUUUGUAAGAUGAUUGUGUCAAAUUUGAUUUAUAAUCUCCCUAAAAAA